UCCAAACUAUAUAAACUCGAACAGCAUACGUCUUCAUACCAUUGGAUUUCUUGAAUGUGUCACAUCCAUGUCUGAAGGUCUCAACACAAUAGGGAAGUUGUCCAGUUUCCGAUGACGGUGAACGUGCCAUCACAAUCCAUAUUCUCCAUCUUCCUCCAACCAGGCAAGGGACCAACUUGCGUCUUGCACCCAUCGUAAAAAAAUUUCCCGCUGACCUACACUCAACCAGACUUAAGGACCCACCAUCAUGACGGACUCCAAAUAUUUCACAACAAACAAAAAAGGGGAGAUCUUUGAACUGAAGGCAGAGCUGAACAAUGAGAAGAAGGAGAAGAGAAAAGAGGCAGUAAAAAAGGUCAUUGCUGCCAUGACUGUUGGCAAGGAUGUCAGUUCUUUGUUCCCAGAUGUGGUGAACUGCAUGCAGACCGACAACCUGGAGCUGAAGAAGUUGGUCUACCUCUACUUAAUGAACUACGCCAAGAGCCAGCCUGACAUGGCCAUCAUGGCCGUCAACAGCUUUGUCAAGGACUGUGAGGACCCCAACCCUCUGAUCAGGGCUUUGGCCGUCCGCACCAUGGGCUGCAUCCGGGUGGACAAGAUCACAGAGUACCUGUGUGAGCCGCUAAGGAAGUGCCUGAAGGAUGAGGACCCAUACGUGAGGAAGACGGCGGCUGUUUGUGUGGCUAAACUUCAUGACAUCAAUGCCCAGAUGGUGGAGGACCAGGGCUUCCUGGACUCCCUGAGAGAUCUCAUUGCUGACUCAAAUCCCAUGGUUGUGGCCAAUGCAGUUGCUGCCCUGUCCGAGAUUAGCGAGUCUCACCCCAACAGCAACCUGCUGGACCUCAAUCCCCAGAACAUCAACAAGCUGCUGACGGCCCUCAACGAGUGCACAGAGUGGGGACAGAUCUUCAUCCUGGACUGCUUGUCCAACUACAACCCCAAGGAUGAGCGCGAGGCCCAAAGCAUCUGUGAGCGUGUUACUCCCCGGUUGUCUCACGCCAACUCAGCCGUGGUGCUGUCAGCAGUCAAGGUGCUGAUGAAGUUCUUGGAGCUGCUGCCCAAGGACUCAGACUACUACAACACGUUGCUGAAGAAGUUAUCCCCACCACUGGUCACCUUGCUCUCUGGAGAGCCUGAGGUCCAGUAUGUGGCCCUGAGGAACAUCAAUCUCAUUGUCCAGAAAAGGCCUGAGAUCCUGAAGCAGGAGAUCAAGGUGUUCUUCGUCAAGUACAACGACCCUAUCUAUGUGAAACUGGAGAAGCUGGACAUCAUGAUCCGCUUGGCCUCUCAGGCCAACAUUGCCCAGGUGCUGGCUGAACUGAAGGAAUACGCCACGGAGGUGGAUGUUGACUUUGUACGCAAGGCUGUACGAGCCAUUGGACGCUGUGCCAUCAAAGUGGAGCAAUCAGCUGAGCGCUGUGUCAGCACCCUGCUGGACCUGAUCCAGACCAAGGUCAACUACGUGGUUCAGGAGGCUAUUGUAGUCAUCAGAGACAUCUUCCGCAAGUACCCCAACAAGUAUGAAAGCAUCAUUGCCACACUGUGUGAGAAUCUGGACUCUCUGGACGAGCCUGAUGCUCGUGCUGCCAUGAUCUGGAUUGUUGGCGAGUACGCAGAGAGGAUCGACAACGCCGACGAGUUGCUGGAGAGCUUCCUCGAAGGCUUCCAUGAUGAGAGCACCCAGGUGCAGCUCACUCUGCUGACUGCCAUCGUAAAGCUGUUCCUUAAGAAGCCAUCAGAGACUCAGGAGUUGGUGCAGCAGGUGCUCAGUCUGGCCACUCAGGACUCUGACAACCCUGAUCUGCGUGACAGGGGCUAUAUUUAUUGGCGCCUGUUGUCCACUGACCCAGUGACAGCCAAGGAGGUGGUGUUGUCAGAAAAGCCCCUGAUCUCAGAGGAGACGGACCUCAUUGAGCCCACCCUCCUGGACGAGCUCAUCUGCCACAUUGGCUCCCUGGCUUCAGUCUAUCACAAACCCCCCAGUGCGUUUGUUGAGGGCAGCCACGGAGUCCACCGGAAACACCUUCCUGUGCAGCACAGCAGCAUUGAUACAGGCGAGAGCCCAGUGAGCAGUGGGCCGGCAGCUGCCAUGGACCAGCCACAUGUAAUUCCCAGUCAGGGUGACCUGCUGGGUGAUCUGCUGAACCUGGACCUGGGCCCUCCAGUCAAUGUGCCCCAGGUCUCCUCCAUGCAGAUGGGUGCAGUGGACCUUCUGGGAGGAGGCCUGGACAGCUUGCUGGGGGGAGACCUGGGCGGAGGUGUUGGGGGAAGUCCAGCUGUGGGACAGAACUUCAUCCCCUCAUCUGUCCCCAGUACUUUUGCUCCGUCACCUACACCAGCGCCUCCAGCUGUCAGCAGCGGCCUCAACGACUUGUUUGAGCUUUCCACAGGCAUGGCCAUUACCACUGGGGGCUAUGUAGCCCCAAAAGCAGUUUGGCUGCCUGCAGUGAAAGCUAAGGGACUGGAGAUCUCUGGCACCUUCUCUCGCCGCCAGGGUCACAUGUACAUGGACAUGACCUUCACAAACAAGGCCCUGCAGCACAUGACCGACUUCGCUGUCCAGUUCAACAAGAACAGUUUUGGGAUGAUCCCUACCAGUCCUUUGCCCAUUCACACUCCGCUGAUGCCCAGCCAGAGUAUUGAGGUCUCUUUGCCGAUCAACACCGUUGGGCCAGUCAUGAAAAUGGACCCACUUAAUAAUCUGCAGGUGGCUGUGAAGAACAGCAUCGAUGUCUUCUACUUCAGCGUACUUAUCCCUCUCAACAUAUUCUUUGUUGAAGAUGGAAAAAUGGAGCGACAGGUGUUCCUGGCUACCUGGAAAGACAUCCCCAAUGAGAAUGAGCUACAGUACCAGAUAAAGGAGUGCCACCUAAAUGCAGACACAGUAUCAGGGAAGCUACAGAAUAACAACAUCUACACCAUCGCCAAGAGAAAUGUAGAAGGCCAGGAUAUGCUCUACCAGUCCCUCAAGCUAACCAAUGGCAUCUGGAUCUUGGCUGAGCUCCGCAUUCAGCCUGGCAACCCCAACUACACGCUGUCUCUCAAAUGUCGGGCCCCUGAGGUUUCUCAGUACGUCUAUCAGAUGUACGAUGCUGUGCUGAAGAAUUGACCUGCUCUAACACUUAGCAACUCUGCUUCAUCCUCACAACAAACCGCAGUCAUUCAUCAUUUUUUGCUAACUGCCAAAACAAGGGAAUCCAAACAGUAAAUGAUAAAUACUAAAUCUUUUUUGGAAUAUUGGGUGUAUUUUUCCUCAGAGAUCAACAAGGCAAAUGUCAGUUAAUACAAAUGUGUUCUGCUGUGAUCACCAUACUGUAGUUCUGUAUAUUGUACUGAAGUUAUAGUACUAACACUGUUGAUGUUUCCUUUAUUUUGGCAGUUGAAAGCAUGAUUACAACUCCCCAUUUCGAUUUUUGCCUCCCAGUAAAAACAUGUCUACCAUUCCAUCCUUAACUUAGUGUCUUAAUGUUGUAAAGAUGUGACUGAAGGUAAAACUGUUUAUUUGUACUGUGUGGCUCACACUUUAUUUUUGAUACUUGCUUUGCUUCAGUUGUACCCUCAUAAUAAUACCAGUUUUGUUCCUAUUGCCAUUAAUGUGCAUGUGAAGAGUCAAAGCCAACACUGUGUUUGUCAGAAGCUACUACUCUCUGUCCUACAGUAGAUUUGCCUCCUGGAGGUCAAAUACCGUUUCUUGAGACAACGUUGAAUUGACAAAUAUACAUAACGUUGAGCAGCAUAUGUGUUGCAGUUAUUCCUGUCAUGACUUUUAACAAGGCUGCUUGUUUUUAAUAGGAUUACUUACUGUGUGUGUGUGUGUGUGUGUGUGUGUGUGUGUGUCAUUUGGUUAGAAACAUAACUUCUUCCACUGUAAGUAUGAAACAUUUUACAGCAAUGGAAAAACUUAAUGUGACAUGUUGGAAGAGAUGUGCUAAAUCCUGGUAAAAUUUCAUUGCUGCUUCCCACCGCAGGUGAUACAGGUCCAGUAUUUGAUCUUUCCAUAAGCCUUCAGCACAUUCUGUCUUUACUAACACUCCACCCUUUUCACCUCAGCUUCGUGUAAAUGGCUUGGGAAUAUUUUUAAGCUUUUUCUUUUUGGUGUUUUUAAUGGUCAAAUAAAAAAAAAAACAUAAAGACAGUUGGCGGGGAUACAAUGGGGAAUAGUAAAAACAAAAAGAAAAGAAAUAUUUAGGCCAUGUGAAGAAACUUCAAUUGACCUGGAAUAAUAGAUCACAAUUUUACUUAAUUAAAAAAUCAAAAAUACAUCCAGUUUAGUGAGUUGUCUGCAGGCUGUGUAAGUGGAGGGAUGCAAACCGCCAGUAGAACAGACUUGUCAAGAAGCUUCUGAUUAGCAAGUGCAGUAUAUUAAAUUCUCGGGCAAAAUUGCCAGGCAGCCAUUAUUUUCAACUUGAAAGUUUCUGUUCGUUGGAUUUGAACAACUAUACAAACCCACAGCAACUACUGUUUGUGUUAACACACCAGGGCCACUCCUUUUCGUUCUCUGCAACCACAGUUGUACACGGCUUUUCACACCUACAUUGUCAUUCCUAUUUAUUGUGCAUCUACCUCUGCUUGUUUCCUUUUUAACUGGCUUUAUUGUUGCAAUAGCUUCAAUUCUGUAAUGUGCUUUAAAUGUUUCCACCGUUUUCUUUUAAUACUAGUGCUGCUUUUGUAAUCUUAAUGCCAUUGUUGUCAAGCGAGCUAAAUGUGUGGCAGGUCAGCCAAACCGAUCUCACAAGACCAAGCAUCCACGCAAAUGAAAUGAAAGCCUAUGUUUGAGUACCCCGGUGUCAAUAUAACCUUCAAAUGUUGGCGUUGUUUGUGCUAUUGUACAUUGGGGCACAUACGCCCUAAGACCCAGAGUUGCUCUAGUACAGUGUAUUUCAGUGAUGGUGUAGUUUGUGUAGCUAAUACAUAAAAAUGUUUUGGUAUUCCCCUGAAAAUGAAAUGAAGCUUUGCCUCUUAUCUAUUCAAAAGUGAAGGCUUUUUCGACGUAUCAGUUGUAUUGGUGACACUAUUUUCCCUCAUGGUAAUGUAAAAAUAUGUUUAUGAGCCUGCAUGAGCCCACUGUCAAUUUUAUCCUUUUUAAUUUUACUCCUCUCCCAACCUCAUGUCUCUGCUUUAGAGCAAUUUUUUUUUUUUUUACGCAGCAUUGUCUCAAGCACUCCCACAAAUAGAAGUAUAUACAAAAUGGUUUCCAAUAAAACUGAAUCUAUAGAGAGAGCUACCGCAGCAUGGUAUGAAAUGGAAUAUUUCUAUCAUCAUUGCUGUAACCCUGUUGUAAAUGAUUUGUUAUUGUCACAGUACCACAUCUUAUGUCAAUAAAUUGUCAAACACA